UCAGCCCCCUCUCUGUCACAUUCUUUGUGAUACUAAGGCAAAAGAGACAAGUUGCUCAAGUCUUUUAGUAGACAACUGAUGUAGCUGUAAGAAAACAGGCCAACUUGUAGCAUACAACCCUUUCUUCACGUCUUUAACUCAUCGAGAACAACUAAAAAAGACCUUUGAAAAUGCUGUGGAUAUCACAUCUCCCAGCUGCAUCCCUCUUUCUUCUGCUUCUUCCGUGCUUCCCUGGCCAGAACGGUGGAGAAAAUGAACAGUCAACAGACAUUAUCAGUGUUUCGGAAGGAGACUCCAUCAGCAUAACUUGCUCAGGUUCAGAAAAUACAUUGGGAAUGUACUUGAGAACUAGCAUACGGGAGGUCAAUGUGUUUUUUUUUUCCAAGACCAGUUCUUCAUUUAUAAACGAUGCAUUCACUAAUCGCAUCGAGUAUUCAAAAGAAGGAAGGAAUCUCAGGAUAACUCUGCGCAAUUUACAGGAAUCUGAUUCCAAUAUCUACCUAUGCACUAACUACGUUUCAAGCAAUGGCAGUCACAAAAAGCUGAAUGGGAAGACAACCAUAUUAGUGGUGAAAGGAAAAAACAGUGGAGUUGUUGAGCAGUCACCACUCUAUGUCAAUCCGCAGCAAGGCCAGUCUGUCAGCAUUACCUGUGCGUGGAGGAGCUCAGAUGAAGGGAUCUACUUGCUCAAGACUCACAUGCAACCUGAAAGAGUGCUGUAUGUUUCAAGUCGGAAUAAUUCAACUAUUUUUCCUGCUUUUGCUAAUCGCUUGGAGUAUUCAAAGGAAGAAAAGAAAAUAGUGAUAACUCUACACAACCUAUGGAAGAACGACAGUGAUAUAUAUGUAUGUGCUGGGGUGUUGAAAAAUUCCCCUUCCCUCUCAGUGAAUAGCAAUGGCACCAUGAUGCUGGUUAAAGAUGCAGAAAUGGAGCAGGUAUACUGUGGUAAUAAUUCCUGGGGCAUCUAUGGUCUUAUCAUCGUGGUAGGGUUCCUGUUUUCUGCGCUGGUGUGCUGCGCCUUGUACCGUGUCGAUGUAAAGAAAUAUUGCCAGAAAAAAACCCCAAAUGCAGUAUAUGAAGAUAUGUCCUACAGUUCUAGACGUAGCACCUUGGUCAGAACCAACACUUACUCCAUGGACAAGUAAGCUUCUGCCAGCUGAGACUGUGCGUGGAUCGACCAUUCCUUUAUGGGUCUCUCUGACAGCUGCCUCAGCAACCUCAUGGAGUAGCUGAACUGAAAAUGCUAUCAUAGAAUCAUAGAAUGUGUUGGGUUGGAAGGGACCUCUCAAGGCCAUCUAGUCCAACCCCCCUGCAGUCAGCAGGGACAUCUUCAACUGGAUCAGGUUGCUCAGAGCCUCAUCCAGCCUGGCCUUGAAUGUCUCCAGGGAUGGGGCCUCCACCCCCUCUCUGGGCAACCUGGGCCAGUGUCCCACCACCCUCAGUGUAAAGAACUUCUCCCUAAUCUAAACCUACCUUCUUCAGUGGAAAGAAAAACCUGCCUCCUUUCCAAAGCUGCUUCUGCUUUUUUGAUCACUUGUAAAAUUAUUUUUUUUUUUGAUAUACAGAAAAUGUAGAGAAAUGCAGGUACCCUGCACACGUUUGCAGUGUAGUGCGGAAAGCAGUAUUUUUAGACUAUACAUUGUCUGGAUGCAACAUAUGGGCUCAUUUCUUUGCUUUAUCAAUAACCCUUUCAGGGAGGGUGGGAUAGAUGGAGAGGUCUCGUUCUGAGCUUUGGUAAGUGCUCAGGAAGACCGUAACAGGCCUGCUUAAUAAUAUGCAAUGGAUCCACAUAUGCAUGGAUUACAGUUCUUGUAUGAAUCCUUGUGAGUCUGCCCAAGAGCUCAGGUAGCUAAAACUACACAAGAGUUACUGCAAAAAAUUAUCUCUUCUGAACAGAAUUCAGAAACUUUGCAGCAGAGAACAUUACAAGUGAAGUGCUGAAUAUGUGUGGGUUUACCUAUUCAAAGAUCAUAACCAUCCCACAAAAAUGCAAUCAAGUCUAGAUUCUAAAUUACUGCCUUUGUUAGAAAUACUGGCAUGACUGGUGUGGGUCUUGACGUGAUUGACAUUCAAAAUGACUAGACUUGGGGCAUGAUGGCUUUUUGGGACAGCGAAAAUAUUUGUGUUGUGCCGGUGUUGUCUCAAACUCCAGCUGUCCUAGAACUACACAGCAGAAUGCGUUUCUCCAGGUCAAUGACUCUACACUGUACAAUACAAAGUGAAAUAAUCCGGAUAAAGCCAACGCCUGCAUUCCAAUCUGGGCAUGCAUGAGUCUGACCCCAAAUCACUCUUAACAAGGGAAUUUACCAAAAAACUCACAUCAGUCAAGUUGAAAUUAAAUUUGGUUUUAGAAGAAAUGUCUUAGAAGAUUUAGAAAAUGUCUUAGAAGAGGUUGCCACGAUGAGCUUAGCUCUUCUCUAGCUAAGGAAGGGGUUACGCUUCUUCCAGGAUUGUUUUGGUUUUGCAGAGCUGGGUCCACUGUGGAAAGUCAACAAUCUUGCAUGCCCAGAGGGAUAUCAAAUUGCCCUGUUAUGAGGCAGAAUUGACGAGGUUGGGUUGUGGUUUCUGGGGACAGGCUGAGACUAGAAUUUUUCUUUAUUGAUGCAUUUGUUUAGUUUUUGAGGGAUUUGGGCCAGUAAGCCAUUGAUGAGAGCACGUAGCUGGAGCAGAACCGGGCACGGGGCGUCCUUCCUUUCUGGAGGUGAGCGCUGCCGAGAUCUCAGCUUGCCGAGCCAAGCCUGCCGCUCAGGAGAGGCCGUUUCCCUUCAACUGCCACUUGUGAAAUGCUGCGCACCAGACCCAAGGGAGAAAUCUGCUCCCCUGGGUGGCCGGCGGAGGGCUGGGUUUGCCUUCCAACCAGAGAGGUGUAUGUCGAUUGCAGACCCUGCUAUUGUCACAGAGCUGUACCUGAAUAAAACUGCUUGUGAUCGGGGCUUUGUACAGUUGCUUGAUAUUUUCAUACAUGUAUUAAACGCUAUUUCAUAUAUCCUCCAAAUACA